AUGGACCGUGUCAGACAGCUAGCUUCCCAUCUCUACACGCCUCAAGGUUCCGACGCUCUGCUUCGCAAGAGCCCAGACGAUGUAGUCAUCACUCUUGCAGUCCGCUCGCCGUUGUGCAAGGCGAGGAAGGGAGGCUUCAAGGAUGCCAGGACGGACGAGCUUAUGUUGGAGAUGUUCAAGCAAGUGAUUUCGCAAUCCAAAAUCGACCCGUCUCUGGUCGGUGACAUCUGUGUCGGGACUGUCCUGACGCCAGAUGCAGCGUAUCAUGCUCGAGCAGCGUCCCUGGCUGCCGGUUUCCCAGAAUCUGUCCCCGUUCAGUGUAUCAACAGAUUCUGCUCAAGCGGGCUCAUGGCCGUUACAACCAUUGCGAACCAAAUUCGAAGCGGUCAAAUCCAGGUCGGUCUGGCGGUCGGAGUGGAGAGCAUGUCUGAGAACCCUGACAAAGGAGGACCGCAGCAAAGUGAACUCGUUUCUCAGAAUGCCGCCUCUGGUGAUUGUUCCAAGCCCAUGGGUUGGACGAGCGAAAACGUAGCUGAGGAAUUCAACGUCACGCGUGAAGAGCAGGACCAGUUUGCUGCCCUUUCGUUCCAACGAGCAGAACAUGCUCAAGAGUCUGGAUACUUUGACAAGGAAAUAGUUCCCUUCACCGUCUAUCAAAUAGACCCCAAAACUGGUGAACGCACACCCGUUCUCGUGACCAAGGACGAUGGUAUCAGGCCCGGGACUACGACAGAAACGCUGGCUAAGAUCAGAGGCGCGUUUCCUCAAUGGGGCAAGGCGACAACAACAGGAGGAAACGCCAGUCAGAUAACCGACGGGGCUGCAGCCGUGCUGAUGAUGACCAGAAAGAAAGCCGAAGAAUUAGGGUACAUGGUUUUGGGAAAACAUGUCACGACUGCCGUCACUGGGCUCCCUCCGCGUAUCAUGGGAAUUGGACCCAUCUAUGCUAUUCCUAUGGCCUUGAAGAGCUGUGGGAUUGCUCAGGACGAUGUUGACCUCUAUGAGAUAAACGAGGCCUUUGCUUCUCAAUGUGUUUACGUCUUGCGAGCAUUGGGACUUUCAAGGUAUGUCAAUGUCAAUGGAGGAGUGCGCCAGGUGGCCACGGGAUUGAACGAGCUCGAACGUAGGCAAGGAAAGAUCCUCGUCACGUCGAUGUGCAUUGGAACAGGAAUGGGUGCUGCGGGUGUAUUCGUACGCGACUGA